CAUUCAAUUGUGGAUUGCGGGAUAUGGAUCCAGAGGCAGUCUCUUAAACCCACCCCUCCCCAAACCUCUGCUGGACUAAUCCACGCAAAUUCCAGCUUCUAUUUUCCAACAAAACCUCCCCCCCCCCAAAAAAAAAUCAACAGUGGGGGGUAGAAAAUGCAAUCCGAAUGAGAUGCAAAAUAUAUUUUGCGAGAAGUGCAUCUGUGCGCAAACAAUCUAACGCUUUGGAAUGACAUGCUUAGGAAGACGCAAUCCAGAAGGGAUCUAGUCGCCCGUGGGCUGUGAAAAGGGAGGUUAUACCAGGGUUUAAUUUUUGCAGAGAGAGAGAGAGAUGGAUAUCUCCCCUCAGAUGCAGAUCUUCAGUUGAAUCGCCAGCGACCUUCCUGCGAGUGUGUUUGUUCGGAGGAUCCUUGGAGAAUUUCGCUCAGAGAGCGGGGAUCCGAAGGAAUUCGAGGCUCCGAGAACCUGUGGGACCAGCACGCCGAGAGUCCACCCGGGCUGGGGAAUGGAAUGAGGUGCAGGGCACCGGCGGCCGUCAGACCACCUCCUCUCGCCUGCUGAGACGCGUCCGCCGCCAACGUCGAGCGCCGAGACCCAACAGAGGGAGCGUUGACCCGUUUCGCACCCCGCUCCCCCCCUCUCCCUCCCGGAACGGAGAGAGGGUGGCGAUCGCCGAGGAAAGAUGCCCCUCACCCAGGCCAGCCCGGACUUCCUCCUCCGCAGCCGCCCUUCCGACCUGAGCCUCCUGCUCUGGGCUCUGGAAGCCCUGGCCUGUUUCGGCCUCUUGUCCUGCCAGAAGCAGGACGAGAUGUACCCGGUGGUGACCACCAACUACGGCAAGCUGCGCGGCGUGAGGAAAGAGCUCAACAACGAGAUCCUGGGGCCGGUCGUCCAGUACCUGGGGGUGCCCUUUGCCACACCGCCCGUGGGCGAGAGGCGCUUCCAGCCCCCCGAGGCCCCCGCCUCCUGGUCCGAGGUCCGCAACGCCACCCAGUUUGCGCCCGUCUGCCCCCAGAACAUCCACGGCAUGCUUCCCGAGGUGAUGCUUCCCGUCUGGUUCCUCUCCAACCUGGACGACGUGGCCACGUACAUCCAGGAUCAGAGCGAGGACUGCCUCUACCUCAACAUCUACGUGCCCACUGAGAACGGUCCGCUCACAAAAAAACCUGACGAUAACGGCGCAUUUCGUGGUCUUGAAGAUGAAGACCCACUUCCUCUGCUGCACAGAAAGAGUCCUGGUUGGAGCCAACCAGCUCGCAGCUUUGACUCCAGCUCAUCUAGUCAGCUACUCCACAGCCAACCAAAUAUCCGAGACAGCGGUCCCAAGCCGGUGAUGAUGUUUGUCCAUGGCGGGUCAUACAUGGAAGGCACAGGAAACAUGUUUGAGGGAAGCGUCUUGGCAAGCUAUGGCAAUGUAAUAGUGGUCACCAUAAACUACAGACUAGGCGUACUUGGGUUCUUAAGCACAGGGGAUAUGGCUGCCAAGGGUAAUUAUGGCCUGCUCGAUCAGAUCCAAGCGCUGCGGUGGUUGAGUGAGAACAUAGGCUAUUUCGGUGGGGACCCCAUGAGGAUCACCGUGUUUGGAUCAGGCGCGGGUGCUUCAUGUGUCAACCUCUUGAUUCUCUCUCACCAUUCUGAAGGUAACCGUUGGAGCAAUUCAACAAAAGGUCUCUUCCAGAGAGCCAUCGCGCAGAGUGGCACGGCGAUCUCCAGCUGGUCCGUGAACUACCAGCCAGCCAAGUACACCAGGAUGUUGGCCAAGAAGGUGGGCUGCAACUUCCCCGAGACGGUGGACGUGGUGGAUUGCCUGCGGAGGAAGUCCUACAGGGAGCUGGUGGACCAGGAUAUCCAGCCCACCAGGUACCACAUCGCCUUUGGGCCGGUGGUAGACGGCGAUGUCCUUCCCGAUGAUCCGGAGAUCCUGAUGGAGCAGGGCGAGUUCCUCAACUAUGACAUCCUGCUGGGCGUGAACCAGGGUGAGGGCUUCAAGUUCGUGGAGUCGCUGGUGGACAAUGAGGACGGCAUCUCAGCCAGCUACUUUGACUUCGCCGUGUCCAACUUCGUGGACAACCUCUACGGCUACCCGGAGGGGAAGGACAUCCUGCGGGAGACCAUCAAGUUCAUGUACACGGACUGGGCGGACCGCGACAAUGGCGAGAUGCGGCGGAAGACCCUGCUGGCGCUCUUCACCGACCACCAGUGGGUGGCUCCGGCGAUCGCCACAGCGCGACUCCACGCUGAGUACCAGUCGCCUACCUACUUCUACACCUUCUACCACCACUGCCAGAGCGAGAUGAAGGCCGUGUGGGCCGACGCGGCGCACGGCGACGAGAUCCCCUACGUCUUCGGCAUCCCCAUGAUCGGCGUCACCGAGCUCUUCCCCUGCAACUUCUCCAAGAACGACGUCAUGCUCAGUGCGGUGGUGAUGACCUACUGGACCAACUUCGCCAAGACUGGUGAUCCCAACAAGCCCGUCCCUCAGGACACCAAGUUCAUCCACACCAAGCCCAACCGCUUCGAGGAGGUGGCGUGGACCAAGUUCAACUCCAAGGAGAAGCCCUACCUCCACAUUGGGCUGAAGCCUCGGAUCCGGGAGCACUACCGAGCCAACAAGGUGGCCUUCUGGCUCGAGCUGGUACCUCACUUGCACAACCUCCACGACAUCCUGCAGUACACGUCCACCACCAAGCUCCCACCUGAAGACCCCUUCCUGACCAACAGGGGCCAUGGCAAGGGCUGGACAGUCACCACCAAGCGGCCGUUCGUCACCUCCCCGCCCGAGCAGGAGCGCACCGAAGACCCGCCCAACUAUGUGCGCCUGCCCGAGGACUCGCGGGACUACUCGACUGAGCUGAGUGUGACGGUGGCGGUCGGCGCCUCGCUGCUCUUCCUCAACAUCCUGGCCUUCGCCGCGCUCUACUACAAGAGGGACAAGCGCCACGAGCUUCAUCGCCGGCUCAGCCCUCAGCGCAACACCACCAACGACCUGGCGCACACCCAGGAGGAGGAGAUCAUGUCCCUGCAGCUCAAACACAGCGAGCACGAGGGCCACGACCUGGAGGCCCUCAGGCCCCACGAGAUACUCCGGCCCGCCUGUCCCCCUGACUACACCCUGGCCUUGCGGAGAGCCCCCGACGACGUGCCCCUCAUGAGCCCCAACACCAUCACCAUGAUCCCCAGCACCAUCGGCGGCAUGCAGCCCCUCCAUGCCUUCAACACCUACCCUGCCAGUCACAACAACACGUUACCCCACCCACACUCCACCACCAGGGUAUAGUUAGACCUUACCAAGCCUGGGCCCUUGCGGUUGCCUAACAACGGGCAGCAAAAACGUGGCUCCGAAACCUUACACUGAAAUCUUUCUGAUUUGACAACAGCCCUUUCCUCACUCCCCAGCCCCUCUUCCACCACCGCCCCCCCCCCCCCCCAACUUUGGAAACAAUGACGGACAUUGCAGAGUAAGGAGCAUUUUGGCCGAACGAUUCGAUAUUUUUCACUGAGAUCUUUCCCCCUUGUAAUAUAAUACAACUCGAGGCCUCUUUUUUUUGGGGCAUUGAUAUCUUAUUCCUCCAGCCUCGUCUCCAAGGAACAUUGACAUGAGCUGCCCAGUGCCAAGGGAGUCCUGUGGCCUACUCCUACCUACCCAGUAAAUUAGCGUUCAAAAGAUAGGAAAACGUGCCAAAAAAAAAGCCAAAAUUAAAUUCAACACGUGAAUUGCAUGGUAUUUAAAAUUAACCUGUGAUUCAUCUCCCUGUUUUUCUUUUCCUGAGGUUGUAUGAUUUGAUAAUUCAUCCAAAAAAGCUGGCCAUUUUGCACAGGGAUUCUCCAGUUUUGUUUGAUUUGUCAAAAAAAGAGGGCGAAAUGCGAGAUCUACCUACCGAUAAAAAAAAUCCAGGAGAGAAAGAAAGCAAAGUUUGCUCUCCAAACUGGGGAAUGGGACCAACUGGAUUCCCCGACCGUAAGGAUUAGGCCAAAAAAUACGCCCAGCGAUUAUAUUUCACCGUGGGGUGCAUGUUGUUACAGAGAGUAAUACUGUGACUUUUAUGAAUCCCCUCUUGGUGUGGAAUUGUGAAAUUGGUUGGAGGUUCCCCUUUCCCAGAUACCCCGUCCCAACCCCUCCAACAUAUGGAAAAGCCAGGAUUGAUGCCAAAUUUCAAGGCCGCCUCCCUAUUUCCAGUCCUACUCCUUUGAGAGAGAGAGAGAGAGAGAGGGAGAGAGAGAAAACAAGGAGAGAGGAGACCCUGUUUAGAAAGGACCCCUCCCCCCUUCCCAAUUCAAGAAUUGACCAAAACCCUUGCUCCAACCCCACCCACCCCAAAACACCAGGAGGUGUAACGUCAUCAAGGGAGCGCCACCUUUUAGGCUCCUUGGCUGGUUUGGGCCUCUUGCCUCGAUCCUAUCCUACCUUGCCACAGGAAGUAGUCUCGCAUCUAGUCUCUGCUUAACUUUUGAUAUGAAUAAAAGCUGUGGGCGAUAUCCUGUCUGAAGGACAGACGGAGAGAGACCUUUGUCUACAGACGAGCGUGGGCCUGCAUCACGCGUUGCCAAGGGAGUGCGCGGAGGUGAAGGUCGUCGACUCCACCUCUCCACAGCGAUGUCUAAGCUAUCGUUCUUGCACACGGUUUUGUAUAUUAUAUCCUUAAACGAAAAAAAAAUGACAGCCCAUCGUAAGACUGCUCGUUUCCCGCUUGAGUCCACGGCUAAUGGACGAGCCAGGCCGUUAUGUUAGGGAAAUGCACGGUGACCAUCGCAUUAUUUUGUUUUUCAUUCUUUAACAGAAGUUUGUGACUACAGUAAAUAGUUUUGGUUGUCGGUAGGGUGCUGGGCUUGUGUUCUCUUUAGGAAGAGGGCCCAAGUUCAAUGGCAGCCUGUCUGUUCGGAUCAGUCAAUGUGGACAGUUCUUCCUGCACAGACACACACACAGACACAGACACAGACACACACACACACACCACUGUCCUCCCCACCCCAACACCCCAAUACACCGUCCCCUCCUACCACAACACUCUGUCCCCAUCCCAUCCCAACACCCCAUCUCCCCCUCCCACUCCAAAACCCCAUCUUCCCCUCCCACCCCAAUACACCGCCCCCUCCUACCUCAGCACACCGUCCCGUCCCAUCCCAACGCACUGACCCCCUCCCAUCCCAACACAUCGCCCCCUCCCACUGCAACACCGCCCCUCCCAACCCACACCCACCACCUUCCCCUCCCACCCCAACACCCCACCGCCCCCUCCCACCCCAACACCCCACUCCACCCCCACCCAGCCCAAACUCCCCUCAACUCAGCCGCUCCCUUUUCGGAGCCCGCCUGACGCACGGGAAGGAACCGAGCCCCAGGGCAUUCCCAUUUUCGCCUGCCACAGGCCCGCCAUAUCGGGCUAACUGGUCUCGAACUCUCGAGAGCGAGUUGUUCCGAAACGGGAGGCCCACCGCAGUUUAUGGACACCACUCGCCAGCUGGCGACCCUCCUAACCCACCCACCAGAGCUCCUAGCUUUCAGCUCCAGAGGCUGCCUGCUACCCAUUAGGCCUCUCUCGACAACCAGU